ACAAUUACAUCACGACAAAAGUCUGUUGUGGCUGGUUUCAUUUGUUGGAGGCAAUCUGUGUUUCGGCUGCUGAGCGUAACAAAAAAAAAUCAACAUGCCUCGAGUUUAUAUCGGCAGGUUGAGUUAUCAUGUCCGUGAAAAAGAUAUCCAGAGGUUUUUCGGUGGUUAUGGGAAGCUACUGGAGGUGGAUCUGAAAAACGGGUAUGGCUUUGUUGAGUUUGAAGACACCCGUGAUGCAGAUGAUGCCGUCUACGAGCUGAACGGUAAAGAGUUGUGUGGAGAGCGGGUCAUGGUGGAGCACGCCAGAGGUCCUCGCCGAGACCGCGACAGCUACGGAGGCGACGGCGGCGGAGGAGGUGGACGAGGUGGCGGCGGGGGUUAUUAUGGUGGCGGCAGUGGUGGAGGAGGAGGAGGAGGAGGAGGAGGACGCAGCAGUGGUUACAGCAGCAGGAGCCGCACCGGUAGGGACAAGUAUGGUCCUCCUGUUCGCACCGAGCACCGGCUCAUUGUGGAGAAUCUCUCCAGCCGCUGCAGUUGGCAAGACCUUAAGGACUUCAUGCGCCAGGCAGGUGAGGUGACCUAUGCAGACGCACACAAGGAGCGCGCUAACGAGGGAGUCAUCGAGUUUCGCUCCAUCUCCGACAUGCAGAGAGCGCUGGACAAACUGGAUGGAACCGACAUCAACGGCAGGAAGAUUCGUCUGGUUGAAGACAAGCCGCGACGUCGGCGCUCGUACUCUGGGAGCCGCUCUCGGUCUCGUAGUCGGCGUCGUUCUCGUAGUAGGAGUCGGCGUAGCAGCCGUUCUCGGAGCAACUCAAGAUCUCGCUCAAGGUCUCGCUCUCGCCGACGCCGCUCCCGUUCCAGGUCCCGCUCCAAGUCAGGACACAAGUCUCGCUCCAAGUCUCCGCCGAGCAAGUCUCGCUCGCGCAACCGUAAAUCUCGUUCUCGGUCCCACUCACACAAAUCCCGCAGUCGGUCAACCAGUCGCAAGUCUCGCUCCCGCUCAGACGAGCGCAAGUCCCGGUCUAAGAGCACUUCUAAAGUGAAGUCAGAUCGCGGGCGGUCCCAGGAGAGGUCCGUCAGCAAGAAGUCCCGGAGCAGAUCUGCUUCUCCUGUGGAGAAUGGCGAUGGGGGGCGUCCCAAGUCCAAGUCUGCUUCCCGCUCUCCAACACCUCAGGCUGGGAAGUCUCCAGACAGGCAUUCACGCUCCCGCUCAAAGUCUGGCUCGCGCUCCAAAUCCCGAUCCCGCUCCAGAUCCAAGUCCCAAGACUAGUUUUAAGUGCUGUCUAAAUUUGUUUUGGGGUUUUUUCUUCCCCUCCCACCUCUUUAGGAGUCCAGUUGUCCAGGAUAGUUUUCUAAUGGUAAUGAUGGGAUCCAGGUCCAAGUUAUUGCUUUAGUAUUAACUUGCCCAUCUUCAACAGAGUGAAUCAUAGCUUCGAUAUUUUAUAUAUGUACCAAUGGCAUGAGAAUCAUUGAUUUAAUGUAGUGUGCUGCAUGUCAAUCCUUUUAUAAACUAUGAUCCUCUGUGCUGUGGCUGGGAAAGGCGUCUCUCUGCAGUGAAACGACUGGCCACUGCGUCCUGUGGCUUAGGAAAUUCUAACUGUUAUCUGAGUAAUCAAGGUUUCAUUUUCUUCAUUUAAUUAAUUGAAAACUGUCUGAUUUUGUUUUAUUAAAAUUUACAAUCUA